AUGAAUUUUAAAGACUAAAGUGGAUUGUAAUAAUAUUGUGAUUCAAUUAUUGGACAUUAUAGAAAUCAUAGUAAUGUAGAUUUUAAUUAAAACAAUUCUAAUUUUAACUCAUUUAUUAGUUUACAAUCUCCAACUCAUAGAAAAACAUCAGAAUGUAACGGAUUAGAAAAAAAAAUAUUAAGUUCAAGAAGUUAAAUUCAUAGAAUGAUGGAAAAUUUUUCAAGAAACUAUGAUUUAAUUUAAUAAUCAGAUCCGUUAGAACAUAUUAUUGAAUACACUCCUUAAUUGUCCCCAAUUGGUAAUAUUAGUGAAAUAAAGAGACAGGUUGAUAUUAAACAUGAUGGUUCUUUGACAUUAUAAGAAUUAAAAUCAAAUUAAACAAGCAUAAUAUAAAUAACAAGAUUUAGAUUUAAUUAUUUCUAUGUUAGAAUUUAUGAUAGAGAAAGUCCAAUGCAAACUUAUGUUAGAAGUGAAAAUUCAAAAUUAUAGACUUUUAAAAUGUAUAUAUCUACUAUUGCAUAAUUUCCUACAAGUUUUAAUUGUGAAUAAGCUAUAUAAUCUAAAUAUUUUAAAUUUGCGGAUUCCUAAUAGAGAGAUAUCUUUCAUGUAAAGAAUUUAUACAUUUCUAUGUAUUCAGAAGAAGAUUGUCUAAUAGCAAUUAACUUCAUUUUUGGUCAUUAUUUUAAAAAGAAAAUUAGAAUGAAUAAGGAUGAAUUUGAUACUGAAAAAUAUAAAUAAAGUAAAUAAAAAUCUUAUCCUUAGAAUUGUAUUCUUUGAACACUCCAAGAUUAGAUUCAAUUCAAAUUGAUAAAAUUACUAAUAAUUUAAAUACCAAACAAUAUUAAAAGGAUUGUAAAAUUAUAUUUUAAAUCAAGAGAUUGAACAAAAGAUUAGAAUAAAUUAAAAAAUGUUAAAAUAAAGAAUAAUACAAGCAGUUGAACGAAAAAAAGUCAUUUAUGAAGACAAAAGAUUAGAGAUGAUUAGUAAAUUAAAAGCAAAUGAAUCUUUAAAAGAAAUUAGAAAUUUUCAAAAAUAAAUUGAAAUUUAAUAGAAAUUAAAAAUACGAAAUCAAAUUGUUUGGAUUGAACUUUUAUUAAUUUCUUAAUAUGCAGCCAAAAUAAAAGAAAUGUUAGAUGUAAUUUAUUUAAUACUUAAAUUUAGCAAAUGAAAUUACAUAAUAAAUAUUUAGCCAAAGGUAGAUUGAUGGUUUGGUAAUAUAAAACAAUUACUAUGAUUAAAAUUAAAGGAAUGGGAGCAACUGUUGAAGAAAGAAGCAGAUUUAAAAUGUGUUUAUCUAUUAUGAUUUUUACUCAGCAAUUGAAGUAAUUUUCAAAAAUUAGAGCCAUUAAAGUAGUCUUAUAAUUCUUACAUGAUACUCAUUUAUACAUUUAAUGUUUGUAAAAGCAUCGAUAUCUUGUCGAGAAAGUAAAUUAUGUUAAACGGGUGUUUAAGAAUUUGAAAUAAAAGCACAAAGCUUAUAGAGAUAGAUUAUGGAGACUAUUAAAUAAGAAUGGAUAGGCUAUAAUUCUUGAAUUGAUAAAUAAACAUUGUCAAAUAAAAAAGAGAUAAUAUCAUAUAGAUAAGUAUAGAAAUAUUUAAUAUUUUUGAUAGUAUAUUACUAUUGAAAAUAAUGGAGGAUUUCAUAUAAGAAAAGAAAUAAAAAUGUUAACAAUAUGUUCAAAAUUAUAUAAAAGAAAAAAACAAAAAGAAAAAAGUGCUUGAUUUGACUUUAAGUAUGAUGCAACCAGAGAUGUUUAAUGCACCUACCUAUGAAGAUUUAGUGGAGAUAUAUAAAUAAUAUGCAAUGUAAAAACAUAUAGGAAUAAAUGAUGCACAUAAUUGA